AUGGUGGAUGCAGUAGUGUCAUUUGUGGUGGAGAGGGUUGGGGACUAUCUCAUCAAAGAAGCAGCCUUCUUACGAGGUGUAAGAGGUGAAGUGGAGUCGCUGAAAAAAGAUCUGGAAUGGAUGCUUUGUUUCAUAAAGGACGCUGAAGAUAAACAAGUUGACAAUCCUUUGAUACGCCAGUGGGUUUCUGACAUCCGAGAAAUUGCUUACGAUUGUGAGGAUGUCUUAGACGAAUUUAUGGUCAAAGUCCAUGAUGAAAAGAUUUCUAAUGUCCUCAAGGUCGAAGAAGGGGAGACUUCGACAAGAAGGCAAGGACUCUUUACUUGCAGCAAGAAUUGUUCUUGCAAAUCUGCGGUGGCCAAACUAUACAUCAAAGGCAAGGGCAUGGGCAUGGGAAAGGAGAUUGGUGCACUCAAAAAUAGACUUAAAGAAGUGUCUGAUAGAUGUGGAAUGUAUGGCCUCAAAGAUAUUAAUAACAGGUGGGAAGAGAGCAAGACUCUUCGCGAAUUUAAAGAAGUAAGAAGAACCACAUCGUUUGCAUUUGAAGAGAAUGUCAUUGGCUACAAGGAUGAUAUUGAAACAUUGUUGGGUAAACUACUUUGCAAUGUGCCACAGCGUUCUAUAAUCUCUAUCUGGGGUACCGGUGGUUUGGGCAAAACAACACUUGCCAAAAAAUUGUACCACCAUGAUAAGAUAAAGGAAAAAUUCCAACAUUGUGCUUGGGUUUGUGUAUCUCAAGAUUUUAACGUUGUGGAUCUUCUUCGAAGAAUUAUGGCGGAGGAAGAAGCUUUGAAGAGAUAUAUUCAUGAAUCUUUGAAAGAAAGCUCAUACUUGGUGGUAAUUGAUGAUGUUUGGGGAAAAAAUGCUUGGGGAAGGCUCAUAGAAGCCUUUCCAAAUAACAAGCAUGGUAGUAGGGUCAUUAUGACCACCCGCAAUAAAAACGUUGCUGAUUGUGCAGAUUAUGUCCAUGAUCUUCCAUUUCUAACGGAAGAAGAAAGCUGGAGGUUAUUCGACUUAAAAACCCGUGGAAAGGCAAAUGAAACCAAAGAAAUGAAAAAGUUGGGAAAGGAAAUGUUGCAAAAAUGUGGUGGUCUACCGCUGGCGAUUGUUUUAUUGGGUGGCUUGUUAUCUAGAAAGAGUGCACAAGAGUGGCGCUUGGUGCAUGAUCACAUUUGGCAACACUUAAACCGUGAUUCGGAUAAUCAUAUCAAUUAUUUAUUGUCUUUAAGCUUCAAUGAUUUACCUUAUCAAAUGAAGCCCUGCUUUCUCUACCUAAGCCAAUUUCCGGAAGAUUUUGAAAUCCCGGUAAGGCAACUAAUUCAUUUGUUGGUGGCUGAGGGUUUCAUACCGCAAAAUAGAGAACUAAUGGAAGAGACAGCUUAUUAUUACGUGAAUGAACUGAUCCAAAGGAGCUUGAUUCAAAAAGAUAAAACGCAUAGAGGGAGGAUUCUAACAUGUCGUAUCCACGAUCUCUUGCGGAAUCUUGCAAUUGAUAGAGCAGAAGAACUCAACCUCUUCCACAUUUACGAGGUAAAUAAAGGUUCUACUAGCUCCUCAAAACCAAGACGACAAGUUGUUUAUUCAGGAAUAGGAAGUAACUGGCAGUUGCAGCAAUCUAAAGUCUUGCGUUCCCUUUUGUUCUUCACUAGUAUCAAGUGCAGAGGAAAAAGUAAACACUUUUCUAAGCUGUGCUCCAGCUUCAGGUUGCUAAGAGUGCUCAAUCUUUCGAAUUUCGUUGUAGAAACAAUGCCGCAAGAAAUGGGUAAGUUAAUUCAUUUGAAGUAUUUGCAAUUAGGGCUAACUUUUAAUCCAGAUGUUCCACAAUUGAUUCUCAACUUAGUGAGCCUACAAACUCUGAACCUACUCGAUAAUGAUUUAUACCCGAGGCUCCCUACUGAAAUCUGUAAAUUGCAGGAGUUGAGACAUCUAAUUGGAAAUUUUAUAGGGUAUUUUUGGAUAGACAAAUUGAAAAACCUUCAAACUUUGAAGAGCAUACCAGUGGAGACUUGGAUUAAAACAAAUCCAGAACAAUUGGUAAAUCUUACAGAGCUGCACAUAUCAGGUUACGGUGGAGAAAUAAACCGGUUUACUUUUGAUUCUAUUUCCAAGUUGAAAAGCCUUCAAAUUUUACGGGUUUACACACCAACAAGGGAAAUUCCUUCUCUCAAACCACUCUCAGAUUGCCAAAAUCUGGUAGAGUUGACAUUAAGUGUGAGGAUAGAGAAAGUUCCAGAAGAAAUGCCUGAAUUUUUGCCAAAUCUUGAAUUCCUCGAGUUAUAUUCCAGCGGACUGGUAGAUGACCCCAUGCCUACAUUAGAGAAGUUGUUGAACCUCACUGUGCUUAAUUUAGGCAAUGAUUGUUAUGAUGGAACGAAACUGGUCUGCAGCAAAGGGGGUUUCCCUCGGCUUGAAAUUCUAGCUAUUUAUGGAAGUCAUUUAGAGGAGUUGCAAGUAGCGGAAGGAGCAAUGCCUGGGCUUAGAAGUUUCAUCAAGUCAUAUCAUACGAUCGAUUUCAGAAUUCCAAAAAGAUUGAAAGCCCUUCCUCCCCCAUCCCAACGUGAAUACGAAAGUUAUGUCUUAAACGAGUUCUAA